CACACGUUGAGUAUUUCAUACAGUUUUGGUCUCCUAAUCUGAGGAAAGACAUUCUUGCCAUAGAGGGAGUACAGAGAAGGUUCACCAGACUGAUUCCUGGGAUGUCAGGACUUUCAUAUGAAGAAAGACUGGAUAGACUCGGUUUGUACUCGCUAGACUUUAGAAGAUUGAGGGGGGAUCUUAUAGAAACUUACAAAAUUCUUAAGGGGUUGGACAGGCUAGAUGCAGGAAAAUUGUUCCCGAUGUUGGGGAAGUCCAGGACAAGGGGUCACAGUUUAAGGAUAAGGGGGAAAUCUUUUAGGACCGAGAUGAGGAAAACAUUUUUCACACAGAGAGUGGUGAAUCUGUGGAAUUCUCUGCCACAGAAGGUAGUUGAGGCCAGUUCAUCGGCUAUAUUUAAGAGGGAGUUAGAUGUGGCCCUUGUGGCUAAAGGGAUCAGGGGGUAUGGAGAGAAGGCAGGUACAGGAUACUGUUGGAUGAUCAGCCAUGAUCAUAUUGAAUGGCAGUGCAGGCUCAAGGGCCAAAUGGCCUACUCCUGCACCUAUUUUCUAUGUUUCUAUGUGAGAAUGGAGAGGUUGAGAAGGAGUUUCUUCCCAGAGGGGGGUCUGUCGGGGUGGAGAUGGGAGACGAGUUCCCUGGAGGUGGGUUGGGGAUUCCCUGCGGUCGGAGGCGGGGGCUGUUCUCGCUCCGACAGCCGGCAGUUCCAGCGGCGUGGGCGGCCCGGAGUUGCUUAAAUGUGUCGGGCGGCUGUGGCUGCGGCAACAGAGCCGGCUUGAGGAUGGCUGGGAGCGGGGUGGAUGCGAGCCUGGUGCUGGUGGCCGGGGAGAAGCCCCGGGUUGGCGGCGGCGGCGGCGGCGGCCGGGAGCGGGAGCGCUGGGCGGCCAGAGUCACCGCGUUGAUGUUCACCGUCCUCGCCGUCUACCUGUUGCUGCAGCACCUGCCGGCGCUGCCGGGCGGAGUCCACAACAACAGCAGCACACAGGGUAAGUCUGUCUGUCUCCGUGCGCGUUGUACACUCCUCUAUCUCUCUGACUUUCCGCCCGCUACCGACGCUGACGGUUCCUCUUCUCUCCCCGCAGCUGAGCAGCGCCGCGCCCCCGACAAACCCCGGGCACAUCUGACAGCCAAAGAAACUCGUGGUGAACUCUCUAUUCUCCAGUGGGAAGACAAAAAUGGGCUGGCCUUUACAAUAGGCGACAUUAACUACAGGAACCGGUCUCUGGUAAUUUCAACGGAUGGAGACUACUUUGUAUACUCUCAGGUUUCAUUCAGAGGCAUGGGAAGCAGCAAGUGUGAGUUCAUCACCCACACUGUCAUCAAGCAUGAAACCUACCCGGAACCAACCUCCCUACUCACCUCCACCAAGUCCAUCUGCGAUGUCGAAAGUCCCUGGUUUGUGGCCAACUACUUGGGAGCCGUAUUCCAACUGAAGAAAGGGGACAGAUUGGUUGUGCAAGUCAGCAAUGUGGCUCAGGUGGACUUUACCACUGAGCACAAAACAUUCUUUGGCGCCUUCUUGCUGUGAAUGCCCAGCGGGGCAGAGCUUAGUUUAGUUUAGUUUAGAGACACAGGGCAGAAGCAAGCCCUUCAGCCCAACGAGUCCCAGCCGACCAGCGAUCAUCCCCGUACACUAGCAUUAUCCUACACGCACUGGGGACAAUUUACAAUUCAUACCUAAGCCAAUUAACCUACAUACCUGCACGUCUUUGGAGUGUGGGAGGAAACCGGAGCACCCGGAGAAAACCCACGUGGUCACAGGGAGAAUAUGCAAACUUCAUAUAGACAGCAUCUGUAGUCGGGAUCUAACGCGGGUCUCUGACGCUGUGAGGCAGCACCUCGACCGCUGCACCACCGUGUUGCCCUAAACAUAAUAAGAGAAGUUAAAUGUACAAUCAGAAGCCUCCAUACCAAUACUUGAUUGAAUCUGUGUCUAUUCCCAUCCAAUAGAAAUAUUGGGAGUGUGAUUUGGUCAACAGAGAGAAAGAGAGUGACUGACCACGUGAUUUUGACGAGGUAACGGGCUCUCUGUCUUUGUGAUAAGAAUGGGAGAGCUAUUGACCCAAGACCAAGACCAGUAUUUAAAGUGCGUUGGUGUCUCAAAAUUGACAGGAUGGAAAUUUGAGAUAUCAUUAAAAAAAUUAGCGAUUAUACAACACACCUCAAGAAAUUUGAAGUCAGCUUUCAACGUGCCAAACAUUGCCUGGCUGUUGAAGUGUUCGAACUGCACCAUGGUGAGGAGUCUUUCAUGUAAAUUUAACUUCUCUUUUUACUGUAACUAACUGAGGGGGAAUACAAUCUAAAUUUUAUAUUUUGUGUAACCCUUUGUAAGCCACGGUUCACAUGCAGUGACAAGUGACACUAAGAUGUAACAAAAGAGGAAAAAAAGUUUGCUCAAGACAAACGAUAGAUCACUUCCUUUGAUCUAUGAAUCUACUGCAUGCUAACCUUGAUGCGACUUUUUUACUCGGCAUAUGUAUCUUUCCAACUUAAAAAUUCCAAUUCUGAAGAAGGGUCUCAACCCGAAACUUCACCCAUUUCUUCUGUCUAGGCAUGUUGCCUGUACCGCUGUUACUCCAGUAUUUUGUGUAUUUUUCCAAUGUAGGCUCUUGGUUGUAUUUAAUUGUUUUGCUAUGCAAUAUUUAUUUUUCACAUUAUUUAUUCAUUACCCACUGACAACGUGCACAUUAGAAAGAUGUAGAGCAGAAAUAAUGCAGUGCUCAGUUUGUGACGGUACUGAUGGUCCCAGUUGUGGAAGACCCGACCAACUGAAUCUUCCAUGGCCAUGUUCAUAAGUGAUAGGAGCAGAAUUAGGCCAUUCGGCCCAUCGUCUACUCCACAAUUUAAUCAUGGCUGAUCUAUCUCUCCCUCCUAACCCCAUUCGCCUGCCUUCUCCCCAUAACCCAUGACACCGUUCGCACAAGUCUUUAUAUGCAUUGAAUAUCGCAAAGUGGAUGAGCAUCCAAGCCUCCGAUCUUCUGUAAAUUGUUUUAUAUUAAAACCGCAACGAUUUUAUAUGUCGUGGAACAUUCUUUUAAAUGACUAGCAUUUAUUCUGUUGAAUCUUUUAUCAAGAUUCCUGAUUUGUAAUGGUCUGAACGCACUAACGAGAUAUAACUGUUCUCUUGCUGGUACAUAUUGGUUCCAUGGUUUGUGGGAUGUAACCAGCUAGUGGUCAAGACAUCAGACAUUGAAGACCCCGCUCUGAACAGUUACUGGCCCAGGUUAAGGGCAAGGGUGGUUGGGGUGAUGUGGGAUUCUGCUUCUGGUUCACCCCAGAUACAAAUUGGCAUUCAUUGGGUUCAUUGAAUGAGAACAGGACCAAUGGUUACUGGAAAAGAAAUGCAGUGACUGCAACACUAGACUGUACUUCUACUUGUUAUUGAAGUGCUUUGUUAUGUUUAUAAUCUUUGUAAGAGAGUUUACGUUUUAUUAAAUAAAAAAACUGUCAUCAAGAAUAUUCUCGUAAGAAUUUUAUUUCUCUACUGAAACAUUCCAAUCUGUUCGCCUCAUCGUUGUUAGUAAGUAAAGGAUGGUGUGAGUUUAGGGAAGAGUUUUUUGACAUUUUUCCUUGCAUCGUUCUUCCAUGUCCUCUCUUCCCGCUGUCCAGCAGGGUGCGGGCAGCAUUGUCCAGUCGGAGAGAGAGAUACCUCAUGAAACCAUUGAGAGAUACAGCACAGGAACAGGCCCUUCGGCCCACUGAGCCCGUGCCAUCCAUCGACCAUCCAUUUAUACUAAUUGUACACAAAACCCAUGGCUAUCCUCCCCUUAUUCCCAUCAACCCAUUCUACGCUCGCUGAGGCACAAGGGGCUAUCAACAGCGGCCAUUCAACAUACCGACCCUCACCUCUUUGGGAUGUAAGUUGAAAGAGGAGGACCAGGGGGAAUUGCAGGUAGUCACACGCAAACUCUGAGCGCUGGUCUGGCCACAUUUGGAGCAUUGUGAGCAGUUUUGGGCCCCAUAUCUGAGGAAGGGUGUGCUGACAUUGGACCAGAGGAGGAUUACAAGAAUGAUCCCGGGAGUGAUUGGGUUAACACAGGAGGUGCAUCUGUUGGCUUUGGACACGUACUUGCUGGGGGUAAGAAACUUAAGGGGAUCUCAUUGAAAUGUAACAGAUACACCAGAUAUAUCGCCCACUUUACUAUGGGAAUCCUUCAAAGCAUUUAUUAGAGGAGUCAUUAUCUCGUAUCAAGCUUUUCGAAACAAAAAGAAUAAGAAUGAACAAAGACAAUUAGAAGAACAAAUCAGACAACUAGAUAUAGAUAAUGCUAAAGAUCCAACUAUGGAUAAACAUAAUAAAAUUUUUAUACUGAAAUUUAAGCUAAAUAAAUUAUUGUCAGAGAAAGUUAUAAGACUAUUCCAAAUUACAAAACAAGAACAUUUCGAAUUUGGGGAUAAACCCCAUAAACCUUUUGCACGCCAACUGAAAAAACGGGAAAAAGAUCAUGCAAUUUUAAAGAUUAAAUCAGAUAGAGGGGAAUUAUUAACACUACCUAAUGAUAUCAAUAAAAGAUUUGCUCAAUUUUACAAGAAUUUAUACACAUCGAAAACGCUAAUAGACAAUAAUAAAGUUUCAGAAUUUCUGAAUGCGGUGUAGAGGGAAAAAUAGAUCAGCCAUGAUCGAAUGAGGGAGCAGACUUGGCGGGCGAAUGGCCUAAUUUUGCUCCUAUGAUUUAUGGUGAAACUCCAUACAAAGGUCAGGGUUGAACUUGGGUUUCUGGUUUCCUGAGGCAACUGCCCUAUCAGCGGUCAUGCCUUCUCUUCCCACGCCCAUUCCUUGAGCUCUCUUACUUUCCAGACUUGAUCUCUUCUAUUUCACAUCCACAAGAUUGGGGAACAUUGUGGACACUUGGUCUGUUUUGCCCACUCCCUACACUCUCAGGUGACCAUUGCCGUGGACCCUGAUGACACAUUCAGUUUCCUGACCACUGACCCCUCCACCAUCUCUAAUAAAUUCCCACCUAUACGAUACUGCCUGGCGCAGCCCAGUCACUAUGGGCAGCACGGUGGCGCAGUGAUACAGCUGCUGCCUCACAGUGCCAGAGACCCAGGUUCGAUCCUGACUACGAAUGCUGUCAGUGAGGAAUUUGUACGACCACUUGGGUUUUCUCCGGGUGCUCCAGUUUCCUCCCCGCUCCAAAAACGUCCAGGUUUGUAGAUGAUUUAGCUUCUGUAAAA